AUGGCCAUGGCAGACGACCCCGUCGCCGUACCAGCAGCCCCUCGUGACGGCGGGCAGACGGGCAGACGAGCAGAGGGCAAAUGCAGCGGCGGGCAUUGGUCCUGCUGCACUACCCCACAUUCACCCCCGCCCCAAAGCGGAAAGGCGGCACAGCCUGUCGUCAUGGCGCCCGCAUUCUUUGCCAUGAUUACACGGCCAUGUUUGGUUGGCCUCGACCAACCCGAGGAACCACGGUUCGCCAUGGCGACAGCAGCCACACCUGCCUCUGCCCUCAGCCAUCCGACGCUGUCCGGCACUUGUCUGAGCCAGCCGGUAGGUAUUGCUAGCGAUGCAUCCAUCACCAGCACACAGUCCUACUAUCCUGCUAGCAGCAGGCGAAUGCAGCAGGUAUAUACGCGCUUGCACAUGCGAGGCGGUGCACGAGGGCCCAAACCCAAGCCCAAACCCAAACCCUCGUCUCGUUUCGUCUCGUCUCGUCUCAUCUCAUCUCUGUUCCGAUAUCAGCUCGUGUGCGGUUUGCGGGCCACGCACCAACCCCUGCACGAUGAUGGAAAGGCCGUUUGGCCUGCCAGCGUCGACUACCCAUUGCACAAAUCACCGCUCUCGGACGGAUGGGGGGGCCUGGUCGCUCUCGGAAAAGCUGAGGCAUUUGGAACACGUCCAUCCGCCUUGCACAUGCACCCAUACGCGCUGCUACCCGGGCUGACUCUGGCUUUCUGGCUCGUGUCAAGCGCCAAGUAG